AUGUUCAACAGCGCCUUGCUGGACGCCCUUUCUUUGCUCUCCAUCUUUGAGAAAGAGGCAGGAGGCUCCCCCAUGAAGGAUCUGCUACCGCUCAAGACGGCGGAGGAAACCAGCACCUUCGGGCUUAUCUUGGUCGAAUGGAUCUCGUCGGUCAACACGGAUGACAAGGGCAGCAACUGGAAGGACGAUGAUGAGGUCAAGAGGAUUGUUCGAUGCUGCGUUGAUUCUCCUAGCGCCUGGUCGUUGAGCAUUCUGGAGAAGAUUUCUGCAAGCUCAAAGGGGAGGGAAGUCGCAAGAGCUCUCGAAUACCUGCGCGGGUUUCAGAGCUUCUUUGACGAGAAACCGUCAAUAUCGUCUGCAACUUCGGAGCUCGGGAUGGAGGAAGUUUGCAAGGAUCUCUCUAUGUGGGAGGAGAGAUCGCAGCGAAGGCAUGCCCCGUCCAUGAGAGGUUGGAGCGUCGUUGAAGAUUGGCUGCCAUGCCCUAUCGGGACGGUGUUCGGCAAGCAAGUCUCGUUGAGGCUUGGGGAGGAGGAUUGCAAGGAGGAGCAGACUGAAACUGUUCUUGAUACUGCGCUACCUCCGUUCCCUCGAGCUCAUGAGCAGGCGAUCACGUCACCAAGGGAAGAAGCGGAGGGAGGGAGGACAGAGCGUGCGUGCUCCCCUGUGGACAAGGGAGCUUGUGCUGUGUCAGACCUGAUAGAUGAAACCUGGAUCCACAAGACGUCCUCGAUGAUCAAACUCCUCGUGUGA